GCAGUGUUUGUGACAAAAGAUUAAUCUGGUGCACCAGACUCAACAACCAUCAGUGUAUAGGUCAUCAUCCUCACAGCUUCAUCAAAGACUGACUCAACACAUGGAAACAGAAGCUGAUGGAGAGGACUGUGGAGGACCAGAACCAGCCAGGAACUCACAUCCACUUUUACAACCAGAGACUGAACACCAGACUGGAGACUCUUCUGAACCUGAGACUGAUGACAGUGCUGAUUGGAAGGAGACCAGAGAACCUCAGUCAGCUUUAAACUCUCUGAAACAUGAUUCAAGAUGUAAGAAAACAUUCAGCUGCUCUGAGUGUGGGAGGAGAUUUGGCCGCAAGUCAAAUCUGUAUGAUCACAUUAGAGUUCACACACAAGAGAAAAAAUACAGCUGCAAUGUCUGUAACAAAAGAUUUGUCUGGCGUUCACAGGUCAAAAAACAUAAAUGUCUCGGUCACCAGUCACAGCUUCAUCAAAGUCAAACUGAGGAGAAGAGAAAGGCAGAGCCUGAACCUCAGCCAGCUCUAGACUCUCUGAAACACGAGUCAAGAUGUAAGAAAACAUUCACCUGCUCUGAAUGUGGGAAAAGAUUUGGCCGAAAGGCGCAUCUAAAAGAUCACAUUAGAAUCCACACAGGAGAGAAACCUUUUAGCUGCUCGGUCUGUAAGAAAUGUUUUAGACACAGUGGAGGUUUACGGUCACACAUGGUAGUCCACACAAGAGAGAAUAUAUUCACCUGCAGUGUUUGUAACAACAGAUUUGCCAACUCUACUGAUGUCAAAAGACAUAAAUGUGUUGGUCCGAUGGAUACAAAUGCUGAUGGAGAGGACUGUGGAAGACCAGAACCAGCCAGGAACUCACAUCCACUUUUACAACCAGAGACUGAAGACCAGACCAGAGACUCUUCUGAAACUGAGACUGGUGACAGUGCUGAUUGGAACGAGACCAGAGAACCUCAGUCAGGUUUAAACUCUCUGAAACAUGAUUCAGGGUGCAAGAAAACAUUCAGCUGCUCUGAGUGUGGGAGGAGAUUUGGCCAAAGGGGACAUCUGAAGAGACACAUGAUAACUCACACAGGAGAAAAGCCUUUCAGCUGUUCUGAGUGUGGUAAAGCUUUCACUGAAAGUGGAACCUUGAAGAGACACAUUAAAACUCAUACAGGUGAAAGACCUUACACCUGCUCAGUCUGUAAGAAAUCUUUUACGCAGAGAGGAAGUCUACGGUCACACAUGGUCGUAGUCCACACAGGAGAGAAACCUUUCAGCUGCCCGGUGUGUCAGCUCUCGUUUUCACGGAGACAAUAUUUACAGAGACAUUUGAUUAUCCACAAGGGGGGGAGGCUUCCCUGCUGCUCGGUGUGCAGUAAAGGUUUCACUUCAAGUGGAAAUCUGAAGAGACACAUGAUGACGCACACGGGAGAAAGACCUUUCAGCUGCUCCGUCUGUAAGAAGUCUUUUAGCGAGAGAGGAGGUUUAAAAAGACACAUGAUCACUCACAAAAACAAAAAGCCCAUUAGCAGUUUGGAGUGUGGUACUGAGAGCAGCAGAGUUAAGAUCCAGUUGAUAAAUCACACAGGAGAGAAGCUUUUCAGCUGCUCAGUGUGCCAGAAGUCUUUUACACAGAGGGAUCGUUUACAGAGACACGUACGCAUCCACACAGGAGAGAAGAAGUACAGCUGCAAUUCUUGUGAGCAGACAUUUGCCUGGUCCACCAGCCUCAAAAUUCAUCAGUGUCUCGGUCGACAACCAGAGACCGGAGACCAGACUGGAGACUCUUCUGAUCCUGAGGCUGAUGACAGUGCUGAUUGGAAGGAGACCAGAGAACCUCAGUCAGCUUUAAACUCUCUGAAACAUGAUUCAAGACGUAAGAAAACAUUCAGCUGCUCCGAGUGUGGGGGAGGAUUUGCAAAAAGGGGACAUCUUCUUGACCACAUAAGAAUCCACUCAGGAGAGAGACCGUUCAGCUGCUCAGUGUGUCAGCAAUCCUUUAAACAAAGUGGACAUUUAUACAAACACAUGAGCAUCCACAGGAAGGAGGGGGAGCACGGAGAGGAGGAACUUUGACUCUACAGUCCUUCGGUCCCGCCGACUGUGAGUUCGACUGAAUGAGCGGUUCUUGAGAUGUGUGAAGGACAGACAAACUGUGGCGCCACCUUUUGGCCACGUGGCAUCACAUUUGCCCUGGCCACUCAAAGGUCAUCUCUACAUAGUCCACCAAAUGUGGCUGCAGUAACACAGCGUCAGGAGAUAUGGCUACAGUUACCGGUGCUAAAACUAUACUUUUAAAAUGGUGCCUGAACCAGUACUUUAUAUCUAUAGAGUACUAUAGUAUGUACUGUGUGUGUGUGUGUGUGUGUGUGUGUGUGUGUGUGUGUGUGUGUGUGUGUGUGUGUGUGUGUGUUGGAGCUGCUGCCCCCGCGACCCGAUACCGGAUAAGCAGAUGAAGAUGGAUGGAUGUUCGUGUGUGUGUGUGUGUAUGUACAUGUAUGUAUGUAUAUAUAUAUAUAUAUAUAUAUAUAUAUAUAUGGUCAAAAUUAAAUGAUUUAUUAAAAAUCACAGUUAUAACAACAGAAGCAGCUACCACAGUAGAUGGGAAAAGGGUAUUUUCCAAUAACUUUGAAUGCACCACGAGGAUGGCGAGGCGGGUGUACGUAGCGUCUGCAGGACGUCCCGUCUACCGUGAAACACACUCACACUGCAGCUCUCCUCCCGUCAACCGCGGAAAAAAGCCCUUUUCAGUCGCUAUUUUUUCAGCAUUAUUGUUUUUCCGACAUUUUUAUCACUUUUUUAAAUGUUGUGCCAAAUAAUCACACAUUCAAUACAGGAAUUUAUUUUACCUUAAAAUUAUUAAUUGUGAUUAUUGCGUUCAUUUGAAAGCACUAGAUUGAAUUUUAAUUGGCAAGACAUCAAUCCAGACACAAACGGGCGUGGCUUAUAUGUAAAGAGUUGCCUGGGUGAACAAUCCAAGAAAAACAAUUGGUUUGUAAAUGAAAUGUUAUAUUAAUUAUGUCAAUUGUUUUCUGAUUUUUACUGUUUUUUACAUUUUUUUUAUUAUUGAUGCAAUACCUUGGAUACCUGUUGGUUGCUGUAAAUAGCUGUAUGAAUAAAUGUCUGAUUG